GAACUGUAUGACUUGAGGCGUAAAGAAAUUUUUUGUAGUUACGGUAUUUAUCAAAAUGGCACGAAGAAGAUCCUCAAUUCCAAAAGCUCUCCUUGGUGUAUUUUGUAUUGUAUUUGUAAUAGUUUUAUACAAACUUCUUUCUAGUGAUAUGUUUGGUGUUGAAGACGGAUUUUCUGUGAGGGAUAUCGCGGAUCUUCAAGUCACGUCUUCUUCAACGAUAUUAAACCAUAUUAAAAAUAAGAAAGAUUUAAGUACUUUGAACAUUGCAGUCCUUGUUAUUGCAUGUAAUCGUCCAUCUGUGAAACGAUGCUUGGAUUUGCUACUAGAAACACGACCACCCUCUCAGACGUUUCCCAUUGUUGUGAGCCAAGGCUGUGACCAUGAAGAAACAGCAAAGGUUAUCAAAACUUACGGUGACUCCGUCAAAUACAUAAAGAACUCAGACUCCUCAGAUGUAGAAGUUCCUCCAAGUAUGAUCCAUCUUGAAGGUUAUUAUAAGCUCUCAAAGCAUUACAAAUGGGCAUUAACCCAAGUAUUUGAUGUCAUGAAAUAUAGUGCUGUUAUUAUUGUUGAAGAUGACCUGGAAAUUGCUCCAGACUUUUUUGAGUAUUUCUCAGCAGCAUUACCUAUCUUAAAUAAUGAUCCUACCCUUUGGUGUAUUUCUGCAUGGAAUGAUAAUGGUAAAUUAGGAUAUGUCCGUAGCAAUGAUGUCUUGUUUCGCAGUGACUUUUUUCCUGGUCUUGGUUGGGCUUUGACCAAUUCAACAUGGGGUGAAUUGAAAUCUAAGUGGCCUGCUGCAUUCUGGGAUGACUGGAUGAGACAUCCAGAUCAGCGUCAAGACCGUGCCUGCAUUAGACCAGAAAUACCUCGUACUAAGACAUUUGGAAGGAUCGGUGUUAGUAAUGGGCAGUUUUAUGAUCAACACUUAAGCAAAAUACAACUGAAUAACAAAUUCUAUCCAUUCACAAAAAAAGAUAUGUCAUAUCUCAAGAAAGAUACCUAUGAUAAAAUCUUUAAAGGAAUGGUUUACAAUUCAAAGUUAGUAAAUGCCAAUGACAUUAUUCAUAAUAAAAUCCCAGAGGAGACUGUGAGAGUUGAGUACAAAACAAACAGUGAUUUUAUUUCUGCUGCCUCCAAAUUUGGUCUUAUGACUGACUUAAAAGCAGGGGUCCCUAGAAUGGCUUAUUUGGGUGUGGUAACCUUUAUAUAUGGGAAAUAUAGAGUUUUCUUGGCUCCAGAGACUGGAUGGAGUGGAUACACUGAUCAAAUUAAUUAAACAAAGAACAAGACCUUCCUCUAGUAUUGUUGAACUGAGGCUGAUCGGUAAAAUAUCCAAAUUGUUUUCAUACUAUAAAAAAGACAAUUUGCAUACAUUGUAAAUACUUGAUAUUAUUUUACCUUUGGAUGUCAGAAUCAUGCCUAGUCCCUUCUCCUUAAUUUGACCAUAUUAAAUGACUCCAGUGAUCUCAAAACAUACUGUAUUGAUAGUCAAAAUAAUAGCAGUCAUUGUCUUUUGCAAUUGCAUAUAACUUUAGGUUAUUACUCAAGUCAUGAACACAUCAAGGUGAUGUUGAAAAACAAAAUAAUAUUUGAUUCUGGUAAAUGUCAUUAAUUUUGCUUCCCAUGUUUAAUGUUACUCUUCCAGUAUAAUAAUGUAAAAUUCAAAGAAAAAAAGUUCAAAGAAGAA